AGUCUGUAUAUAGCGCAGGUAACCUCGUUCGGCCUUCACUUCACGUUGCGAUCAGCUGAGAGAGAAACUGUCAAUACACAUACCGGCUAACCUUACGAAAGCAAUCGACGAAUUACAAGAUUUCAAAGUCGAAAGAUUCUAAGUGAAUACUUCUUUAUUUUCGUGAGGAUUUACUCGUCAAGAUUCUUAUCAGAGAAAAUGGUUCGUAUAUUUGUUCAGAAGGAGUUGUGCUGUAGCGGAGAGCCGCGAGACGUCGGAGAAGGGGUUUGUUCCGGCCCCAGGGAGGUAAUUGACCGAGAAAGAGCGGAGAUGGCAGUGAAGGCGGUCACCCAGUUGGAUGGGGAUACCAAUUUUAACUAUAACUAUAAUAACUAUAUAUCUAGUGCCAGUUUUUCCCCGGAUGCGUCCUCGCAGUCUUCAUUCUGUGACUCGGAGAGUGACAACGGUUCUCUGGUUAUCAGCGAAGAGGCUGCUGGACCUGUCGAUUCCGUCGUCGUGAGCAAAGAGGAGAAAAGAAAAGCAAGAAGACGCGAGAGGAACAAGAAAUCUGCACAGGCCUACAGACAACGCCGUCGUCAACACUCUGGAUCACAAGUCAAGACCCUGCAGACACUUGAGGACAAAAAUCAGGUACUUUUGCAGAAGGUACAGCGCCUUGAGGAGGAGAAAAGGUUUAUUGAGGAGCUUCUUAAGAACAAGAUUAAGAUUCCCUGGCAUGUCCAAUGGGCCUUGCCCCCUACCUGGCAGCAUCCCACAACAACAACACCCCAUCCAACAACAACAGGGAUGAUGGCCGCCGCCAUGGGCGCCCCAAUGUCCAUGGGUUCCGAGGUCACGUGUGCUUCGUGAUGUGCAUGCAGUAAAACUAGGAAUUACUGCCGCUCACUGCAUACUAAGGAUGAAUUGCGCUUGCGCAGUAUCUACGGAGACUGACUUAGGCGUCAUAUUCUGUGAGUCGAAUGUGCUGGCCCGGGCUUGAAUUCGCAAGUUUCCGUUAUGGGCUUUAUGGUUUGGCUUUUGUACAAAUCUCGGUCAUUCUGACGUAUGACAACUUUAUAAUAGUCUCGUAAAUUCCAUCUUAUUAUUUGACAUUCGGGGUCAAAAGGGGUAUCCUCCGUGAGAGUAGGCCUACCCUUGUCCUAAUCAGACAUCGGGGAUGUCCCCAGUGCCCCUUAGACUGUUUGACAAGUUCCGCUGUCUUUGAGUGUUGAAAAUCAAAACUGGUCAGAGUGAAGAGAAUAACUUUUACUGUGUUGACCAGCAAAGAUGCGAAUUCGUCAUCGUCUUCAAACUGUCAUCUUUAUCGAUCAAAAGAAAUACUCCAUCACAACAUUAUUGCAUAACAUUUGAUUUAUAAAAAACACAAGACCGUACUUCUUUUUUAGAAAAUCAAAAUGUUCAUAUAUGAUAAUGCAAAAUACUCGGAAAACGAAAGUAUAUAUGUAUCUGCGAUGAAGCCCACGUGUUUUUGUACAUAUCUACACAGCGGUUUAUUGUGGCUCGGCCGAGUCACCCUACCUCUGUUAUUGUUGAUGUUUUGAUAUCUAUUUACUUUGUGAGCGGCAGGCUGAGAGAGGAGUUCAGACACUGACAUUUUCAGUAGUCAAUUCGUCACUAACGAAUGACGAAAAAAUACAUAUUUUAUGUUUAAUACUAGUAUGAAUAAAUUUAUAUUGUAUUCAA